AUGUCUUUCUUCGAUCGCUAUUUCUUCAUUGCCUGCGUCCCACUUCUUAUUCUUUUGCUCAAAACGACCACCCGUGGGCCUAUUCCCACACCACCCCCAUUCCUCAGUUUUCAAUUUUCUAACAUGCCUCGCCUGCAUGUUGGAAGCGAACCCGUCAGCUGGACACUCCGCUUCAAGGAAGUUGCCGAACAUCUGACGGAUUAUAUGGAACUGACAUUCUCAUUUUUUUUUCUAAUUCCUUUUCAGCGAGUGGUAGAAAGUAGUGGGGACCACUUCUCGCCCCAUUUCAACUAUGAUCUUUGCUCUCACAGACUGCCAUCUAAAGUGGCAUUCAGUUUUCUCUUGAAAAUUAUCUAUCUAUCUAUCUAUCUAUCUAUCUAUCUAUCUAUCUAUCUAUCUAUCUAUGCAUAUCUUCUGUUUUUCUCCGUGUGUCCGUCCGUUUGCAUCGCUGUCCGUCUGCUUGGCUUACGAAGGUACUAUCUAUCUAUCUAUCUAUCUAUCUAUCUAUCUAUCUCCUUGUACUUUACUAUCUACCUAUCUCUUGGAAACGAUCGAGUGUAA